AUGCCAAUAUGGUAUCUAAACGUAGAUGGCUCCUCAGACAGAAAGGGUGGAGGAGUCGGCAUAGUAUUAGAAGGGCCGAAUGGGGUAAUCAUCGAACAGGCGGUGUCAUUCAACUUUCAGCUCAACAACAACCAGGCAGAAUACGAAGCCUUGAUCACCGGACUGGUCCUAGCCAAAGAACUCGAAAUUGAACAACGGAAGCUGGAAGACUUUCUUAAAAGUCUCGGAAUCAAACACAUAACAAGUUUUGUUGAGCAUCUGCAAAUGAACGGGCAAGCAGAAGCCGCGAAUAAAGCAAUCAUAUCUGAGCUAAAAAAGUGUCUUGGAGCAGUAAAAGGCUUAUGGGUGGAAGAAUUGCCUGAGGUCUUAUGGGCCUACAAAUGUACCCCUCACAGAUCAACGAGAGAAAUGCCAUUCAACCUCACUUACAGAACUAAUGCAAUGCUACCGGUCGAAUUGGGCGAACCAUCCAUAAGACGAGGUAUACAAGAUAUGAGUCUUAACGACGAACAUCUCCGAAUAAACCUGGACAUCUUGCCUGAAUGGCGAGAAGUCGCCAUGAUAAAAAAUGCAGCCCAAAAAUGA